AUGAGUGGAUUUCGGCACGCCUUUUCUAUGACCCGAAAGGAGGUACAGGAUGCGGUACCUCCUGGGACUAUCUCUCUAUCAAUUUAUGCCCAAGAAUCUGCGGGUAGAACACAUCUCAAACAUAAUGGCGAACUAGUUCUGUCUCCUCAACCGUCGGAAGACCCGCUGGAUCCGUUGAAUUGGCCUACUUGGCGCAAGUUCGCCGUCCUUCUUGUUAUGUCACUGUAUGCCGCCAUUGGAAACUUUACUUCCGGUUCAAUUGCCAGUGCGUUUCCCUUAUAUGCCACGCCGAUGGCAUUCAAUCCGCCUGUGUCUAUUGGGAGGCUAGGCCAUCUCGUCGCGGUUAAUGUUCUUAUGAUGGGUGCUGCGAAUAUCCUGUGGGUGCCGUUAGCCAAUACGUUUGGGCGACGACCCGUCAAUCUAUUCAACAUUCUCCUUCUGCUGCUCUGCUGCGUAUGGGCCGCACGCGCUACAUCAUUUGGAAGUCUUCUUGCUGCACGCUUUUUCAUGGGAGUUGGUGUCGCUCCAGCUGACACGAUUGCACCAAAUGUUGUAGGUGAAAUCUAUUUUGCGCAUCAGCGAGGAAAGGCAAUGGGUUUUUAUACAGUUUUCAUUUGCAUAGGCCCCGUCCUGGGCGGCAUCGCCGGUGGUUACAUUGGGGGAAAUCUCGGUCUGGCAUGGAUCCAUUGGGUUAAUGUGAUUCUCUGCGGUAUUCUGCUCGUCGCCUGCUUCUUCCUCGUCCCGGAGACGCUCUACGCUCGUGAAACCAUAGUUCGACCCAUAGACCCUUCGUUAGACGAAGAUGGGAAAGGUGAGGACGGAACAAGCUCCGUCAAAAUUGAAGAUAUUGCACAGAAUCGUGUUUAUUCGGAGCUUACGUUUAUCCGCUCACUCAAGCUGUACACCUACCACGGAAACCUUCUUCAGAACUUCAUUGCGCCUUGGUUGACACUGCGUCUUCCCGGGGUAUGGCUAGUGAUGUUCUGGUAUGCAGGACUCGUCGGUGGGAUUGUGACAAUCUCGACAGUAGGCCCAACGCUCGCCGCCAAGCCGCCAUAUCUAUGGGGCAACAAUGCUGGCCUCAUCUUGGUCGGCGGUAUUGUGGGAGCAUUACUCGGGGCAGUGGUCACGGCGCUCUCCGCAGAUCGAAUUGUUACUACGAAAAAGACAUUACGGGGAGAGGAAAACAUGGAGCCUGAAUCCCGUUUGCCCGUUGCGCUUCCGGGUCUGAUUCUAGCAACAACAGGCUUGUGGACCUUCGGCUUCUGUGCACAGAGUCCUAAUCCACAUAUGUGGAUCGGGAUGCAGUUUGGCCUAGGAAUGCUAUCUUUUGGGCUCAUGCAGGCACCGUCUAUUGGUUUCAAUUAUCUUAUCGACUCCUAUGGCAGCCUUUCGGCGGAUUGUUUUGUUGUCGUGACGUGCAUGCGAGCGAUCAUCAGCUUCUGUUGGACAUUCUUCGCGAGUCAAUGGGUUGACAGUGCUGGUCCUGCCAUUCCAUUCGGUGUCUUCGGAGGUUUAAUGGGGCUCUUCACUUUGUUCACAAUCCCACAGUGGCUGUGGGGGAAGAGGACGAGAAUUGCUACAGCCCGCUGGAUACCAAAGUGA